GGGUUUUGGCGGUGAACUUGGAGGACGGACAAGUUUGUGGAAGUUGGCGAGGUCGAAACGAAGCAGCCAGCAGAGCAGUCAGCAAAGCAGCCAGCAGAGCAGCCAUGAAGAUGACAGCACUCGCUUCUUGACUCCGUUAAUCCGAGAGGAGAGGUCUGACAGUGCAGCGGACAAAAUCAGCACUGCCAGUAACUCAAACAAGAGCACACCAGCCUGCUCACCAGUCCUGCGUAAACGCUCGCGCUCUCCCACACCACAGAGCCAGGAGGGUGAGAACAUGGUGGAGAAGGGUUCGGACCACUCUUCUGACAAAUCCCCCUCCACACCCGAGCAGGUCGUCCAGAGAACGUACUCCUUGCAGUCAGCAAGAAGUGGGGGCAAGAACUCAAAGAAGAGCCAAAGCUGGUAUAACGUGCUGAGCCCAACAUACAAGCAGCGCAAUGAGGACUUCAGGAAACUCUUCAAGCAGCUUCCUGACACAGAAAGACUCAUUGUGGACUACUCGUGUGCUCUUCAACGGGACAUCCUCCUGCAGGGACGACUCUACCUCUCUGAGAACUGGAUCUGUUUCUAUAGCAACAUCUUCCGCUGGGAAACACUGCUGACAGUACGGCUAAAGGACAUCUGCUCAAUGACAAAAGAGAAGACUGCCCGCCUCAUUCCCAAUGCCAUCCAGGUCUGCACAGACACUGAGAAGCACUUUUUCACCUCAUUUGGAGCCAGGGACAGGACUUACAUGAUGAUGUUCAGACUUUGGCAGAAUGCACUGCUGGACAAGCCCCUGUGCCCCAAAGAACUGUGGCACUUUGUUCAUCAGUGCUAUGGCAACGAGCUGGGCCUAACCAGUGACGAUGAGGACUACGUUCCCCCUGAUGACGACUUUAACACCAUGGGCUUCAGUGAAGAGAUCCCCAAUGAAGAGAAUGAGAUCAACAAUGACAACUUGUCUAAGAGCAGCGCUGAGGCCAAGCCAGAGGGGAGCCCUCCUCUGUUACAUAAGAAAGUAGUCCCAAACAGCACCAUCCCCAGCCCAGGCAACUCUGACCCACCCAUCACAUUUGACCUCCCAACAGAAGAGUAUGCAGACUGCCUACCAGACGGCGAGUUGCUUACUGUCCCCCUUUUAGUGGAAGAGAAGAACAGUGAUACUAGCGGGCCUGGUGGUCCUGUCCCCUCACCGUCUCUGGACUUCAAUGACAACGAAGACAUCCCCACCGAGCUCAGUGAUUCCUCUGAAACACACGAUGAGGGUGAAGUACAGGCCUUUCAUGAGGAUCUGAAUGGCAGGCAGUACAUCAAUGAGAUCUACAAGUUCAGUGUGGACAAGCUCUACGGUAUCCUCUUCACCGAGUCACAAUUUAUGAGCGACUUCAUGGAGCAGAGACGAUUCUCAGAUGUGGUGUACCACCCAUGGAAGAAGGAGGAGGCGGGGAACCAGACCAGAGAGAUAAUGUACACCAUCUCGCUGUCCAACCCCCUAGCCCCCAAAACAGCCACAGUCACUGAAACACAGACUCUGUACAAAGCCAGCCAGGAAAGUGAGUGUUACAUCAUCGACGCUGAGGUCAUCACACACGACGUGCCCUACCACGAUUACUUCUACACUCUCAACCGCUACAUGCUCACCAGGGUGGCCAAGAACAAGUGUCGGUUACGGGUAUCAACAGAGCUGCGCUACAGGAAACAGCCUUGGGGCCUGGUGAAAGGCUUCAUAGAGAAAAACUUCUGGAGUGGGCUGGAAGAGAACUUCCGCCAUCUAGAGGUGGAGCUUUCCAAGCUGGAGGACAUACUGACCGAGUCCCACCAGCUGUCUCCAAAAACAAAGGUGGUGAAAAACUCCACGGUGAGGCGGAAGAAGAGGCCACUCCCCCACAUGCGCAGCCAGCACCUGGACGAGGCGCUCAGCCCCGUUACCACGCCAACAGAUGAGGAAGUGAUUCAGAGAAUCAAACAAGUGGCAGGCUCCACGCAAACCAGGCACCAGAGUCCAGAACACCAUCACCUGCCCGGAGGCCUCGCUCUGUACAGCGUCUCCAAACUGCUGCUCAUCAUCAGCUUUGUCCUCGUCCUGCUGGUGUUCCUCAACAUGAUGCUCUUCUACAAGCUGUGGAUGCUGGAGUACUCAGCACAGUCCUUAACAACCUGGCAAGGUCUGCGGCUUCAUGAAAGUAAACUGCCUCAGACGCAGAUGGAGUGGGCCCAGCUCCUGGAGGCGCAGCAGCGUUACCAUGACACCGAGCUGCAGAAGUGGAGGGAGAUUAUCAAGUCGUCAGUAGUGCUGCUAGACCAGAUGAAAGACUCGUUAUUGAACCUCCAGCGAGGCAUUGGUUUAAGGGACUACAGCUCCGAGGCUGAGGAGAAGAGAAGUCGCUAUCACUGACACAACACCAUCAAGGCCAUGAGGGCGUGCUGUGCAAUAUACUGUAGGACCUGUUUUGUUUGUGAAACAGUAUGCAGGCGGCAGCAAGACAGAGAGAGAGGACAGAGGGGGAGGCGGGACCAACAGUGAGCUGGUCCAAUAGACACAAAGAGUGGAACAGUCGUCUCCAGCGCACAGAGGUUAAAACCCCCAGGAGGAGGGAAUCACGGACGGGAAGUGCCCCCAUCACACGCAGGAACUGAGGUGUCCCGACCAUCACUGAGGCAUUGAGCGAAGAUGCUCCUUCUCUACACCUGUUGGAUAAACCGUUUCCUUCUUCUCUCUUAUUUCCAAGUGCAUCCUACUGUAAGCCAUGUCGACCAGAGUCGCAGAGAGCAAGAAGGAAAACUACUGCAUGCAUUUAGACAACCUAGCUCCCCUCAGUCAGUGUUAAUGUGGUCCAGUUCCAGUCUAUGUGUGUCAACAAAAAAAAAGAAGAACAGAAGAGAUCAAAUCGGAGGAAGGGGGUCCUUACGAGUCUUAACGGCUGUCUACACUCUCUAGACUGUUCCAAACCAAUCGUCCCUCUAGAGGUUCUCGCUGCAGCGUCCCUUUAAUGAACCUCCAUGUAAUCAGAGUGCAGUAUCGUUCCACAACCAAAAUAAGAAAACAGGUGUUGUAGCCGGGAGCUCAUCUUCACCGAUCAGUUCCGAUUGCCUUGUUUGAAGCUGGCUGCUUGGUCUCCGUCAGGGCUGGUUCCCUGUCCGACUGUUGUGUUGAAAUAUUUAUAAGCAGAAGCGAAAGACUGAUGAGACCCAGGCCAGUGAUUUUAACCCUAUAUGCAAUUCACAAAAUCAGUUGCCCCUGCCACAGUUCUAGCUAUCUGACAUGGCAUUAUUCCUCAUCUUUUUAAUAAAGCAGAAUGUAUUAGCCUGGACUAAAAGGCCAGUCUUUGAUCACAACCUAUUAUUUUUUUUU